ACAGAACGAAAAUCGGUAUUAUUACUGGCAAAACCUGUAAUAACAAUGCAAAGUACAGCGAAUGCUGAAAAUAAUGGAACAACAGUCUAUGUAACAAUCAAUGGAGAUCAAGGUCGUAUUUUUGAGGGUUCGGUUACAAUAAGACCUGAUGCUACUCAAACAUGCUCUGAAAAAAAUGUUAAUUGUGGUUCUAUUUGUGGUCCUACAUUAACAAAUGUUAUUGGCAUUUACAAUAUCCAACAGUAG